AUGGGUGAAGAAGACGCCGUGACGGUGGAUCAGAACAUUUUCGGUGGUGGCGAAGAUUCUUUGCUCCGUAAUCGCCAUUCGUCGCCAUUGCCGCCACCGCCACAACUAUCCUCUAAAGUGAUUACAUUGCCUACCGUAUUAACCCUUGGCCGUGUAGCUGCCGUUCCGAUUCUCGUCGCGACCUUUUACGUUGAUUGCUGGUGGGGGAGAACUGCAACAACAAGUAUCUUCAUUGCAGCAGCCAUUACAGACUGGCUUGACGGAUAUAUUGCGCGGAAGAUGAGAUUAGGUUCUGCGUUUGGUGCAUUUUUGGAUCCAGUGGCAGAUAAGCUUAUGGUAGCAGCUACAUUAAUCUUGUUGUGCACUAAACCAAUGGACGCCAUUGUCUUAGGACCAGUUCCAUGGUUAGUGACAGUACCUUCAAUUGCCAUAAUUGGCAGAGAGAUUACUAUGUCAGCAGUAAGAGAAUGGGCUGCAUCUCAAAACGGCAAGCUUUCAGAGGCUGUUGCUGUAAAUAGCUUGGGAAAGUGGAAAACCGCAACGCAGAUGAUAGCGUUAACCAUACUUCUUGCAAGCCGGGAAAGCAGUUUUGAGAGACUAUUACCGUCGGGAAUUGGGUUGCUCUAUGUAUCUGCAGGGCUCUCUGUAUGGUCUUUAGUAGUUUAUAUGAGGAAGAUAUGGAGAGUACUGCUAAAGAAGAAGUAG